AUACUUAACUUGAGCACGUUUGACUAUUUACGAACGUGUGCAUGACCGGCAGACCAAGUGCCCAGCGCCCAGCAAUUGGUGAGAACACAAAUUGCUAGAGCGCCACUACAGUCGCGUUUUUUUUAGAGGAGAACCGAAGUCAUCGCUCUCUGAAGAUUCUAUGGACAUAUGGUGUUUUGCCACAACUGUAAUCCAUUUAAACAAAAGGCUUGAACAGCACAUUCGUCCAGCUCCUUGUCCCGAAACCUCAGCUCUUCUUCAACAUGGACUAAAACUAUUGUCAAUUCCAGCGCUCUGAACACACACAUGCAUUUGAUGCGCUAUUUGCAUACACCGAUCCGUGAGGAUUAACAUCAAGGGCAAUGGACAAUUUUUUUACUGAGGGCGCCCGUGUUUGGCUUCGGGAGGAUGAGCUGUACCUUCCCAGCACCGUGUCGUCCUGCACCGGAGGGGUGGUGGUGUUUGCCACGGACUACGGACAGGUGUACACCCACAAGCAGAGCACCCUGACCAGGCAGAAGGUGCAGCCCAUGCACCCCAGCAGCUCCAGAGGAGUGGAGGACAUGGCUGCCCUGCAGGACCUCCACGACGGGGCCAUCAUGCACAACCUGUUCCUGCGCUACCAGCAGAGGAGCAUCUAUACAUACAUCGGCUCCAUCCUGGCGGCGGUGAACCCGUAUCAGCCCAUCCCAGACCUGUACGACCGGCCGGCGGUGGAGCGUUACAGCCGCCACCACCUCGGGGAGAUCGCCCCGCACAUCUACGCCGUAGCCAACGAGUGCUACCGCUCCCUGUGGAAGAGGCUGCAGAACCAGUGUGUGCUCAUCAGUGGAGAGAGCGGAGCAGGGAAGACGGAGAGCACCAAGCUCAUCCUCAAGUUCCUGUCGGCCAUGAGCCAGCACUCCCUGGAGCUGUCGUCCAGGGACAGGACGUCCCACGUGGAGGAGGCCCUUCUGGAGAGCAGCCCGAUCAUGGAGGCCUUCGGUAACGCCAAGACCGUCUACAAUAACAACUCAAGUCGCUUCGGGAAGUUUGUCCAGCUGCACUUCUGUCAUAAAGGAAACAUCCAGGGUGGCAGAAUCGUGGAUUACCUCCUAGAGAAGAACCGUGUUGUCAGACAAAACCCAGGGGAGAGGAACUACCACAUCUUCUAUGCUCUUCUGGCCGGGACCACUGCAGAACAGAGGGAGGCCUUCAACUUGUCUCAUCCUGACAGCUACUACUACCUGAAACAGUCCGGAUGUGUAGCGGACAAGACAAUCAACGACAAGGGCGCUUUUCAGGAUGUACUGAAUGCCAUGCGGACGAUGCAGUUCUCUGAGGAGAACAUCCGUGAGAUCAUGCGUCUGCUAGCAGGGAUCCUUCACGCGGGGAACAUUGAGUUCAUGACUGCAGGAGGGGCGCAGGUCUACUCCAAAUCAGCUCUGAGCAGGACGUCUGACCUCCUGGGGCUGAACCCUGAACAGCUGGCCGAGGUCCUGACCCACCGCUCCAUGAUCCUCAGGGGAGAGGAGAUCUGCACACCCCUCACCGUGGAGCAGGCGGUGGAUUCCAGGGAUUCCAUGGCCAUGGCGCUUUACUCUCAGUGUUUCACCUGGAUCAUACGCAAACUCAACAACCGCAUCCGGGGCAAGGAGGACUUCAAGUCCAUCUGCAUCCUCGACAUCUUCGGAUUUGAGAAUUUUGAGGUCAACCGCUUCGAGCAGUUCAACAUCAACUAUGCAAACGAGAAACUUCAGGAAUACUUCAACAAGCACAUCUUUUCGUUGGAGCAACUCGAAUACAACAAGGAAGGGUUGGUAUGGGAAGAUAUCAACUGGAUGGACAACGGUGAAUGUCUGGACCUUAUUGAGAAGAAACUAGGACUCCUGGCCCUGGUCAACGAGGAGAGCCACUUCCCCAAAGCCACCGAUGACACGCUCCUGGAGAAACUCCACUGCCAGCACUCUAAAAACUCCUUUUACGUGAAGCCCCGAGUUGCUGUCCACUACUUUGGAGUAAGACACUAUGCAGGAGAGGUGGUGUACGACGUGAGAGGGAUGCUGGAGAAGAACAGGGACACCUUCAGGGAUGAUGUCCUCAAUCUGCUGAGAGAGAGCAGGCUGGACUUUGUGUACGACCUCUUUGAGCACGUGUCCAGUCGCAACAACCAGGACACUCUCAAAUCCAGCUCCAAGCACAAGAAACCCACAGUCAGCUCUCAGUUCAAGAACUCUCUGCACUCUCUCAUGGCUACACUCAGCACUUCAAACCCCUUUUUCGUGCGAUGCAUCAAGCCCAACACUCACAAGAUGCCCGAGCAGUUUGAUCCGACGGUGGUGCUGAACCAGCUGAGAUACUCCGGGAUGCUGGAGACUGUGAAGAUACGACGCUCAGGAUUCCCCGUACGGAGACCCAUCCAGGACUUCUGCACCAGGUACCAGGUGCUGAUGAGGAGCGUGGAGGUGCAGGAGGAGGACCCCAGGGGGCGCUGCACACAGCUGCUCCGCUGCUACGACAGUACCUGCUCAGAGUGGCAGCUGGGCAAGACAAAGGUCUUCAUGCGGGAGCCUUUGGAGCACAGACUGGAGAAACAAAGGGAGGUGGAGGUUCUGAAAGCUGCCAUGGUCAUCCAGGCCCACGUCAUGGGCUACAUGGCUAGGAAGCAGUACAGGAGGUUACUGCAGUGCAUUGUGGUUAUUCAGAAGAACUACCGGGCGUUCUACUGGCGCAGGAAGUUCCUGCUGCUGCGCUGGGCGACGCUCACCUUCCAGAAACGUCUGAGGGGCCAGCAGGCUCGCAAGGUCUUCUGCCUGCUGCUGGAGGAGAGGAGGAGGAGGGAGGAGGAGGAGGAGGAGAGGAGGAGGGCGGAGGAGCAGCUGGAGAGAGAGAGGCAGAGACAGGAAGCAGUAGAGCUCGCUCGACAGGUGGAGGAGGCCCGGAGGAUAGAGGAGCUGCAGAGAGCCAGAGAGCUAGCCUCCCAGGCCCUGGCCCAGGCCCAGCAGGUCUCCCAGGCCCAGCAGGUCUCCCAGGCCCAGCAGGCCUCUCUGGCCCUGGGCUCGGAGGAGUCAUCGGAGGGGUCGACGGUUGCUCUGGACGAGUUGGAGGAGGUGGAGGAGGAGGAUGCAUCGUCCCGCCCCCAGGAGGCGUCCCAGGUGGAGGAGAUCCUGCGUCUGGAGCGGGAGAUCCAGGCCCUGCAGAGGCAGAAGGAGCAGCAGGAGCUGUCCCUGACAGAGGCCUCGCUGGGCCGGCUGCAGCUGCUCCGCGACCAGGAGCUCCGCAGGCUGGAGGACGAGGCCUGCAAGGCGGCGCAGCACUUCCUCGACUCGCUCAACUUCGACGAGAUCGACGAGUGCGUGCGCAACAUCGAGAGCUCCCUGGGCGUGGCCGAGGAGGGGGGGGAGGAGGAGGAGGAGGAGAAGGGAGGCGGGGAGAGGGGGGAGGAAGAGGAGGUGGACGAGGGCUUCGGGGCGGACGACGAGGGCUUCAAGGACUCGCCCAACCCGAGCGAACACGGCCACUCGGACGGACAGCGCACCAGCGGCAUCCGCACCAGCGACGACUCGUCCGAGGAGGACCCGUACGCCAACGACGGGGUCAUCCCACCGCCCCUGCCUCUCUUCCACCAGCCCCUGCCUCUCCCGCCCGUACCCCAGGCCUGCCACAGUGCCUCCUCCAGCGGGGACUCGGCCUACUGCCGGCCCCAGGCUUCAUCCGAGGCCCAGUCGGAGGACCUGGUUGAGCUCAUCCCUCCGAACGAGGACUCGGACUACGACCAGGACGACUACGACGAAGGGGCCAUCGUGUCCAGCGGGAGCGUGGCGUUCUCCAACUCUCUCAGUGGCCAGUGGUCACCUGACUACCGCGUCUCCAUGGGAACCUACAACAGUUCUGGGGCGUACCGCUUCAGCUCGGAGGGGCAACAGUCCUCGUUCGAGGACAGCGAGGAUGACUUUGACAGGUUUGACACAGACGACGAGCUGUCCUACCGUCGUGAUUCUGUCUACAGCUGUGUCACACUGCCCUACUUCCACAGCUUCCUGCACAUCAAAGGUGGGCUGAUGAACACAUGGAAGCGUCGCUGGUGCGUCCUGAAGGACGAGACAUUCCUGUGGUUCCGGGCCAAGCAGGAAGCUCUGAAGCAGGGCUGGCUCAACAAGAAGGGCGGAGGCUCGUCCACGCUGUCGCGGCGCAACUGGAAGCGCCGCUGGUUCGUUCUGCGGCAGAGCAAGCUCAUGUACUUUGAGAACGACGGGGAGGAGAAGAUGAAGGGCAUGCUGGACAUGCACACGGCCAAAGAAAUCGUGGACAACACAGGCAAGGAGAACGGCAUUGACAUUGUGAUGCCCGAGCGCACCUACCACCUGAUAGCAGAGUCUGCUGAGGACGCCAGGCAAUGGUUCAGCGUUCUGAGCCAGGUGCACGGCUCCACGGAGCAGGAGAUCAGAGAGAUGCACGACGAGCAGGCCAACCCCCAGAACGCUGUGGGCACCCUGGAUGUGGGGAUGAUAGAUUCAGUGUGUGCCUCAGACAACCCUGAGCGGCCCAACGCGUUUGUGAUGAUCACGGCCAACAGGGUGCUGCACUGCAACGCAGACACGCCGGAGGAGAUGCACCACUGGAUCACCCUGCUGCAGCGCUCCAAGGGAGACACACGCGUCGAGGGCCAGGAGUUCAUCGUACGAGGCUGGCUCCACAAGGAGAUGAGGAACAGCAGCCGGGCCGCCCUGAAGCUGAAGAAGCGCUGGUUCCUGCUUACCCACAAUUCCCUGGACUACUACAAGAGCUCGGAACGCAGCGCCCUGAAGCUGGGCACCCUGGUGCUGAACAGCCUGUGCUCUGUGGUGCAGCCAGAUGAGAAGAUCUUCAAGGAGACAGGUUACUGGAACGUGACAGUGUACGGUCGUAAGCACGCCUACCACCUCUACACAAAACUGCUGACGGAGGCCACCAGGUGGGCCAGCGCCGUGCAGAACGUCAUCGACACCAAGGCCCCCAUCGACACGCCCACACAGCAGCUCAUCCACGACAUCAAGGAGAACUGUCUGAACAGUGAGGUGGUGGAGCAGAUCUACAAGAGGAACCCCAUCCUGCGAUACAGCCACCACCCGCUCCACUCCCCCCUGCUCCCCCUCCCCUACGGAGACAUCCACACCUGCUCCGUGAGGACCAAGGGCUACACCACCCUCCAGGAGGAGGCCCUGAAGGUGUUCGGCUCCCUGCAGCAGCUGGAGGGCGUGUCGGACGCCGUGCCCAUCAUCCAGGGCGUACUGCAGACGGGCCUGGAGCUGAGGCCCCUGAGGGACGAGCUGUACUGCCAGCUGGUGAAGCAGACCACCCGGCCUCCUCAGCCCGGCGACCAAGGGAACCUGCGCAGCUGGAGGAUCCUCACCUGCAUGUGCUGCAGCUUCCUGCCCUCCCGGAGCAUCCUCAAGUACCUCAAGUUCCACUUCAAGAGGACCCGGGAGCUGUUCCCGGGCACGGAGAUGGAGCGCUGUGCGUCCUUCGCCCAGGAGUCCCUGAGGAAGACGCGAUGCCGGGAGUACGUGCCGUCCCAGGAGGAGAUCCGGGCUGUGGUGGCGCGCCAGGACAUGACCACCACGGUGCACUGCCACGGGGGAGGCUCCUGCAAGAUCACCAUCAACUCCCACACCACCGCCGGGGAGGUGGUUGAGAAGCUGACCCGAGGCCUGGCCAUGGAGGACAGCAUGAACAUGUUCGCCCUGUUUGAACACAACGACUCCACUGACAAGGCCAUCGAGAGUCGCACUGUGGUGGCCGAUGUGCUGGCCAAGUUUGAAAAGCUGUCUGCCAGUCAGGAUGAGAACAACACAGGAUGGAAGUUCUACUUCAAACUCUACUGCUUCCUGGACACCACCAGUGUCCCCAGGGACAGCGUCGAGUUCGCCUUCAUGUUCGAACAGGCUCAUGAGGCGGUCAUCAGAGGCCAGUACCCAGCCCCUGAGGACACUCUCCAGUUCCUGGCCGCCCUGAGACUACAAUACCUCCUGGGGGACUACAACUCCCAGGCUGCCGUCCCCGACACGUCCCAGCUGCUCCCCAUGGCCAGGCUCCGAGCCCGCAUCCAGAACUCAGCGAAGACCUUCGCCCCGGGUGCUGCCGCCGCCGCCUCCAUGUCAGAGCGUUCCGGGACGGUGGACAGGAAGCGGUCGAGCUUCCUGGAGGGGACGCUGAGGCGGAGCUUCCGGAGCGGCUCGAUGAGUCGGCAGAAGCUGGAGGAGGAGAACAUGCUGGAGGUGUGGGCCAGGGAGGAGAUCGCUGCGGCCCGCGCCAGCCUGCUGGAGAAGUGGAGGAAACUGCAGGGCAUGACCCAGGAGCAGGCCAUGGUCAAGUACAUGGCCCUGGUCAAGGAGUGGCCUGGGUACGGGUCCACUCUCUUCAACGUGGAGUCUCGUGACGGGGUGUUCCCCGUGGAGCUGUGGCUGGGGGUGAGCAGGGAAGCCAUCUCCGUCUACAAGCGCGGAGAGCCCUGGCCGUUGGAGGUCUUCCCCUACGAGCUCAUCCUCUCCUUCGGCGCCCCGCUGCCCAACACCUACAAGAUUGCCGUGGAGGGACGGGAGUUGAUGUUCGAGACCAGUCUGGUCAUGGACAUCGCCAAGCUGAUGAAAGCUUACAUCAGCAUGAUCGUCAAAAAGCGCUACAGCAACUCUCAGUCUGUCAGCAGCCAGGACAGUAGCCAUGGCAGCGCCUGGUGAGACCUCGACCCCUGACCCUUGACCCUUCAAAUACAACCUUUAAACUUCCCCGGCCGGAGAGGUCAGAUGUAGUGACCCUGCCAGGCCGCUCCUCCUCUCCGCUGGAGGGAAGCGUUUCGACUCUCUGGGCUACAGACAAGCAAAAACACAAUCAGCACCCGUCAGCUCUAACCGCUAACCAGCUAGCAUCAUCUUUCUGAUGCCGCCAUGGUAACGUUCAAGGGCUUUGUUGUCGCUAGGUGAAGGGCACCGGAUUUAAAUGUUACUGAGACGGUUUCUGCGAGUGUUCAGAGGGUGUGUGUCAGCUGACUGAAUGUAAGGAGGGUGGUAGAGAGACUAUGAGGUGUUGGGUAUUUGAAUGGAGGUUCGUUUUACAUGUAUUCUCUGGGAAUGCCUUGCUUUGGAAUGCUUACUGAUCUUUGGUGUUAUCGAAAUAUGUAAAUAUGAGACUUGGUUGUCGAAAGCAUUUCAAGUUGUGUCUGUGAAUGUUACGGAGCGUGUUGGUUUGAAGGGGAUUUUGCCUGUGAUGUCGUGUUCACUAAAGUGGCAAAUUCCCCCCCCC